UUCGUCUCUUGUAAAGAGAAACGCCCCCUGGCGGCCGCAUGAUCACACACAGUCUGGGAGAAUCAGCCAAUCACAGUUAAGGCUCCGCCCCGUUUCCAUUGAUUGACAGGCCACCAGCCAAUGGCAGUGCGCCUGCGCAGCUGGCCGUGCUGUGUGGAGGCGGGGCUUAGACAGAGAAGAAAAUGGCGGCCGUGGCUGCAGAGCCAGGAGCUGCGGCGGUUCCUACAACAACAGCUACCGCGGCGACGGACGAUGAGGGCCCGCUGGAACCGGGUCCGGAUGGCCCGGGACUCCCUGGCGCCCCCACGGAGCCCGGGGAGCUCCGGAAGUCCAGCUCGGCGGUGGCGGUUCUCCGGAUGGAGGAUGGUGGGGACGGGGAGGACCGCCAUGUCAGGCCGGAGCUGGAGCCUGCGGCGGGUAAAACGAGCACCGCGACCGACGACGCGGUCGGUACCGGCCCGGUGGACCCGCCCGGUACGGGACCGGUGGAUCGGUUCUCACCCGGACUGCCAGGGGACCCGGAGGGCGGUGGGAACGUGUCGGUGCAGGAGGCGUACCGCAGCAUCCCGCCCGACCCGCAGCCCUCCGCCGUCUUCCUGCACUCCUUCCCGGCCCCCCCUCCCGCCACCGAGGCCGGUCUGUCUCUGGCCGAACCUGCGGAACCGACCACCAACGUGACGACGGACCGCGCCGAGAGCGCGGGCCGGGACCGGGGGUUCACGGCUCUGGUCCAGGCGGAGCUGAAUCCUGGGCCUGCGGAGGACGCAGCGUUAGACGGUACCGGGGACCGACUGCCGUUCCCGAACGACCCGGACCCGGACGCAGGGUACAGUGAAAACUCAGCAGGAACCGAGGAGCCGGCGUCCCCGUCCUGCCGGUCCCCGAAGAGGCGGCUGGUGCCGGAGGCCGUGAAACAGGAGAAACCCUCUGGAGAGGAGUCCGGACCAGAACCCGGCCUCGCCCCGCCGCUCGCCUCCGUGCAAGGUCUGAGCCCGGGCUCGGAGGUCCGGGUCUCCCUGGACCAUGUCAUCGAUGACGCUCUGGUGGUGUCGUUCCGGGUCGGGGAGAAGGUGUUCUCCGGGGUCCUGAUGGAUGUCUCCAAGAGGUUCGGACCCUAUGGAAUUCCCAUCACAGUGUUUCCCAGACGUGACGACCGGACUCGUCCUCCGAUGUCUCCGCUGGUUACCAACGACGACGACUCCUCCCCCAAACAUGAAGAUGUGUCCGUCAUCCCUCAGGCUACGCCCACUUCCGAACCGUGGUCGUCCAAACCGCCGCCGCUGUUCCAGGAGGGGGCGCCGUACCCCCCCCCUCUGUUCAUCAGGGACACCUACAACCAGGCCUUACCUCAGCCGCUGCCGCGCAAGAUCAAACGGCCAAAGCGGCGCUAUCGCUGCGAGGAGCCCACCUCCAUCAUGAACGCCAUCAAGCUCCGCCCCCGCCAGGUGCUUUGUGACAAGUGUAAAGGUGUGGUGUCUUCAGGUGGGCACCGGGAGGCCCGACGGGGCCCGGUGGACCUUCGGGGCGAGGAGGCGUCCCGGCGGCGGAGGGCGGCGGAGGCGCCGAUCUCAUCGGAGGUGAAGCGGCUGAGGAGCGACGACAAAGGAGGACGUUCUUCAUCAGGGAUCCGAGUGUCAUCUUCAUCAGCGUCUUCCUCUCGCCGCGUCCUGAGGGGCAUCGCUCCGCCCUCCUCCUCCUCCUCGUCCGGCCGCAUGCGUCUGAAGCUGAACUCUAAGAAGGUUCUGACCAAAGGUUCCGCCGUGGACCGCUCCAAAGCACGGCAGGUUCUCCAGAAACUAGCCAGGAGCUCUCAGACCCCACACCGUCGGCCCAAAGACCAGAACCAGAGCCAGAACCAGAGCCAGAGCCAGAGCCAGAGCCAGGACCGGCCCAAAGCCGUGACCCGAGCCGCUGCCCUGCAGAACCACAACCAGAAGGUUCACUUCACCCGGCGGCUGCAGCACCUGAGCGGCGCCGCCGUCGGCUCCGCCUCGCCGCUGCCGCCCAGGAUGCGCCUCAAACCUCAAAGGUACCGUACCGAUGAAGGCCAGGCGCCAUGCUCCUCCUCCUCGCCCCCCAAACCAGUGUUAAGCUGCGCCCCCUCUCCAAAACCAGCCCCCCCUCUGGAGGUGAAGGAGGAGGUGGGGCAAGUGGUGGAACUUCCCCCUGCCCCCGCCUCCUCCUCUCUAGACUCCUCCCACUCAGAGUGCAGCUCCUCAGAGACAUUUGACCCGCCCCCUCCUGGGGGCACGCCCCUCUCCACUUCUCCUCCCGCCUCCCUCCCCUCCUCCUCCUCUCCUUUGACCCCGCCCCCCACAGUAGAUGGUGAGGAGGCGCAGGCCGGCGGCGAGGAGGAGGAGGAGGAGGGGGAGGUGGAGGGAGGUGAACUAAAGAGACGCCGUAAGUCUUCCACAUCCUCCUCUUCCUCCUCGUCUUCGUCGUCGUCCUCCGUCUUCUCCAAGUCCGUGUCCAAAUGUCUCCUCCCCGACGGCCGGACCGUGUGUGUCGGCGACAUCGUCUGGGCCAAGAUCUACGGCUUCCCGUGGUGGCCGGCCCGAGUGCUCGCCAUCAUGGUGGCGCGGCGUGGCGACACGGGGCUGGCGGUACGGCAGGAGGCGCGAGUGUCGUGGUUCGGUUCCCCCACCACGUCCUUCCUGCCGCUGUCCCAGCUGUCCCCCUUCCUCGAGACUUUCCAGUCACGCUUCGACAGGAAGAGGAAGGGGCCGUACCGCCGCGCCAUCGCCGAGGCCGCCAGCGCCGCCAAGCAGCUCACGCCUGAAGUUCGGGCUCUGCUCACACAGUUUGAGACGUAGCGCCGGCUACACCUGGCCACGCCCUUACAGGAAGUGGGAGGAGCUCACCCCUGGAAGAGGGAGGGGCCUCUAGUAACCCUGGCAGUGUCAGGUGGGCAGGGGGUGGGGCUUAUUGCUGCAGUCUCCUCCCCCUUCAGUUUUAGCAGGUGUCCGUCACAGUGUUUCUACCCGUCAUGCUGAUGACAUCAGACAGGAUGCAUCAUGGGAAUGAGAAGAAAGCAGCCUGAUGAUUGGCUCGAAAAAUAAACACUAAGGUCCCAAAGCUAAUGCUAAGCUAACAGUUGAGAUGGUUGAGACGCUGUGACGCUCUCUUGCUUGGUUCUGCUUGGUUCUACUGGUUCCACUGAGGAACACAGUGAAACUUUUCUGUUCCAACAGACUUAAAGAGAAACUGUGAAACACAAGGUGUUGUCCAAACUGAGGCCGGGGUCCCAAACAUGGUCAGAACCGUCUGUGAUUGGCUCUGCUACCGUGGUAACCACACCUCUAGCCAAUCAGCUGGGACUGUGAUGAGUGUUUGAGACCCUGAGCCUGAGUUUAUCAACAGACGGACAGGUAGGACACACUGACUGUUAGACAGACGAAGAUGAAGGUGGAUUUUCCCUCUCUGCUGUUUGUAGUUUGAUCCGUCUGUUUGCAGAUCAGAGAUUCUGAACUAAAAUCACGAUAAGAAUCGACUGUAAUGUUUUUUCUCCUGUUUUAAAUCUAUUAAUAAACUGUCAAACUUCUCUUUCAA